AUGACGGCUCUUCCUUUCGGUACCUCGGGCCCUUUGAACCGAUGUCCAACGUCUGCUGUCUCCGCUGUCGGAACAAUUGUUCCCGUUACCAAGAUCAUUGCCUCGACAACUUCUACAGCUACGACUCCAGAUCCUCAUAGUCCGGACUAUGCGCUUAUCCCCACUCGUCCUGCUGAAAGUACGCAACCAGAGAUCUUAGUACCUCCCUACAGCAGCUCAAGCACUCAUCAGCCCACUGUAGCUCCUUCGAACCCGGGUUGGCCUACCAUCAAGCUUAACACGAAUGGCUAUUACACCAGCAAACCUUCAUCUUGCACCACGACCACUACGGCCUACACCACCACAUACGCCACCGUAAGUCCAGGCCGCAUCAAGGCUCAUGUGUCGAUUAUCCGGUUCCCGGACCUGCCUAGCCCCUUAGCCCUGCUCAGGGGCUUGUCUCCGCACGCAAGCGUCACUGAGACUGUGGUGAAACAUGCAAUAGUAACAGCUCCGCUAGCUGAGCGCGACAUUGCAGAGCCUACGAAAGCUCCAGAGCUCCAGGACUUCCCGAAUUUCUUCAAAACGCCGUUUGACAAGCUACUCGAAAUCCGGACUACUCCGGUCGCUGAGCGCGAUAUGCCUGAGCCGACAGACGCUCCAGGGCUCGAAGACUACCCGCACUUCUUCAACGCGCCGUUUGAAGACUUGAUUGUACCUGAAUAUGAUGCAGACGACGUCUUACAUCAUUCAUACCUUGUGACGAGAGCAAAGACACCAGAUACCACCGCUUAUCGUGGAUGA